AUGUUGGUUCCAUUUAGGGGACGCUGUGGUUUCAAGGUUAAUAUGCCGAAAAAACCGAAGAAGUACGGAGUGAAAAUAAUGUGUUCGUGUGAUGCUAAGACAUCAUACCUUUACAAUGCAUACAUUUCCACAGGGGUAGGAUCAGAUGGUAUAGGACUGACAGACCACCAACAAGACUUCCUGUUGAAACCUACACAGAGCGUUGUUCGAUUAUGCAAGCCAAUUGAACGUACUAACAGAAACGUUACUGCUAAUAACUACUUCAGUUCAAUUGAAACCGGUGACGAACUGAAGAAAAGAGGACUGACUUAUGUCGGUACCAUGAAAAAAAAAACAAACUGA